AUGGAUGCGCUCCCGGGACAGCUUCAGGACCUCCGCCUAGAGGGUUCUUCCAUCGUGCACGUUGUCACGCGUGAACGACGCUUCUCAGACCCCGACAGUGCUGCCGCCCCGAAUCUAGUCAGCAUCGCAAGCCAUACUCGCUCUCACUUCACGCGGCAACUCGAGCAGCAUGUCCACGAGACCAGCACUUCCACUGCCAGUUCGACGGCGUCCACGGCAUCCGUGCCGCUCGCCGCCCACCAUUGCCCUUCGACUCCAGACGACUGCGCCUUAGCUAAGGUAUUUCGCAUGCCCGAGCUGCUCGCCACAGUCCUUGGCUUCCUCGACACAGCAGACAUCAUGUCAAUGCGGCUUGUCAACAAGACCUUCUGUCGCACGGUACUUGAAUCCCCGCAGUUGCGUGCACACCUGUUCGUGCGCCCGCAAUGGCUACGUCCUCCAGUUGAUUACAUGCUCUUGGACGUAAAAAUUCCCGGCCUAACCAUUGAGUGCGGAGAUCCCGUAGAUAUGGGGCAGUGGGUCCAUGUAACGAUCGACGCUAAAGCCGCACGCACUAUUAUACCCUCAGGUCGGGCGAACCGGCGGCCCCGAGCGCGGUCCAUUUACGAAGGCCUAAGGGGCGGACUCGGUUCGAGCUCUCAGCGCGAAUUCCUGGCCUCGUCUUCAAUGUAUGAGGAGCUACAUGUCACUCAGCCACCUCUAUUGGGAAUGCAAGCCUUUCUGCUCGGUGCAAAUCCCUCCCACAUCUCUACCACUAUACCGUCGCCUUCAGAUGCAUCCGACAUGGACCACAGCCAUACGUCUGAAGGCACAGAAGUUGAUGAACGAGAGUUUGAUGCAUGUGCCAAGAUGAGUUGCAAUUCUGGAAUUACGUUGGACUUCAUUGCCGACACUGCCUUGACACUUCUUUCGGAGCGAAGACACGAGUCGAAGUCCGGCGGAGGGAAGGUGUUGUUCAGGGCCAUCAUAUCCUUCUGCGAGCCGACGCAGCAACUGCGGAAGCGAGGCACAGCACGAAGUGUCAUCCGUUUGGGAUGA